AUGAGUUCUGGUCCACUUACUCCAAUCUCUCAGACUUCAACUCGUCUUAGAUAUAGUCUUGCAACGGAGUUAGUUUUUAUAGACAAUUCAGAUGGUUCUGGAGUAAAAGAUCCCUAUAAUGCUGCUUCUGUACCAAUUUAUCAGUCGGCAACGUUCAAACAAUCUUCAGUAACCCAAAUGGGAGAGUUUGAUUAUAGUCGAAGUGGAAACCCAACUCGUUCACACUUAGGUGAGUCUUCGGCAACUACAUUACAGGCUUACUUGAUAUUUACAACAAGUCCUAAAAAUCAUCUUGCAAAAAUUAUGUCUGCCAAUCGAGCUUUUGUGGUUAGUAGUGGAAUGAGUGCAUUAGAUGUGAUCACUCGUCUGGUUAAGGCAGGCGAGGAAAUCAUUGCAGGGGAUGAUUUAUACGGAGGUACCAAUCGCCUUUUAUCGUUUCUUGGUAAAAGUUGUGAUAUUAAAACACACCAUGUCGAUACGACUUCUUCGGAUGCACUUAUGCCUUAUUUGCAUCCAACUAAAACUAGGCUGAUUUUAUUGGAAUCGCCAACGAAUCCAUUACUUAAAAUAUCAGAUAUUCCUAACGUUGCAUCUAUCGUACAUGAAAGAUGUCCUAAUGCUUUAGUAGUAGUUGACAAUACGAUGAUGUCUCCCUAUCUCCAAAGACCUUUGGAAUUUGGAGCUGAUAUUGUGAUACACUCUGGGACAAAAUAUCUCAGUGGACAUCACGAUUUGAUGGCUGGUGUCAUUGGAGUUAAAGAUGAAGUUGUUGCGGAGAAAAUCUAUUUCACUAUUAACGCAACUGGUUGUGGUCUCGCUCCAUUUGAUUCUUGGCUUUUGCUUCGUGGUAUAAAAACACUUGGAGUUCGUAUGGAAAAGCAACAAGCCAAUGCCAUCCAAAUAGCAGAGUUCCUUGAGUAUCACGGUUUUAAGGUCAUGUAUCCAGGAUUAAGAUCUCACCCACAAUAUGGAUUACAUUAUACUAUGUCUCGUGGUCCCGGUGCUGUGUUAAGUUUUGUGACAGGAGAUGUAGAAGUUAGCGAACGAGUUGUGGAAUCAACGAAAAUAUGGGCGAUUAGUGUCAGUUUUGGUUGUGUCAAUUCUUUGAUAAGUAUGCCUUGCAGAAUGUCUCAUGCUAGUAUUCCUGCCGCAGUUCGACAGGAAAGAGGAUUUCCAGAAGAUUUGAUACGUCUUUGUGUUGGUAUUGAAGAUGUAAAUGAUUUGAUUGAAGAUUUAUAUUCAGCAUUAGUAAUAGCCAAUGCUGUUAAUGUUGGUCAAAAUAAUGAUAUUCAGGCAAAGGUCCGAAAUGCUACUUCUAAUGACCCUUGGGGUCCGAGUGGUACUUUAAUGGAUGAAAUUGCUCGAGCAACGUACAAUCCGAAUGAUCAUUUAGAAAUUAUGGAAAUGAUUGAUAAAAGAUUAAAUGAUCAUGGUAAAAAUUGGAGGCAUGUUUUUAAAGCACUCACAUUAUUGGAUUACUGUCUACAUGGAGGGUCAGAAAAUGUUGUAAAGUAUGCAAAAACAAAUUUAUAUGUAGUAAAGACUUUAACAGAAUUUCAGUAUAUCGAUGAGGAUGGCAAAGAUCAAGGUUUAAAUGUAAGACAAAAGGCCAGAGAUAUUACUAAUCUGCUCCAAGAUGAAGAACGACUAAACCAAGAAAGACGAAACAGAGAUGACAUGAGACGACGUAUGGGAGGUCGCGCUGAUCGUUCUGUGCUUGACCCAAGUUUAGAUAGGUCAGUCGAACAACCUGGUUAUCUAGAUGAUGAGUCAGAGUUUCAAAAAGCAAUUGAAGAAAGUAAAAGAUCAGCACAAGAAUAUGAAGCAAGAAUAAAAGAAAGUGAAAAAGAUGAAGUGGAAAAGGCAUUAAAAUUAAGUAAGGAGGAAGAGGAACAACGAUUAGCUAAAAUAGCCGAACAAAACGAUAAACCUUUAAUAGACACAUCAGGAUAUGGAAAUAGUCCAUUUCUACAGUCGCAGCCUGAUUUCUUCAGUCAGCAAAUGCAUAAUCAGUUCAAUCAAAAUCAAUACAGUAGCACAUCGACUACUAGUCUAUAUGGAACAAAUGAAAUGCCAUCCUUUAAUAUGACUUCCUCAUCUAAUUUCAGUUCUCCUAACUUAACAAGUUCAUCAACAUUCGAUUCGUUCUCAUCACGCAGCACGCAGCCCAAUUUCGAUAGCUUACUUCCAUCACAAAACAUAAUAAAACCACAAGAUGAAAAACACGCAAAAUUGGCUUCACUCAUUGGUAGUGGAGGAGAUGGCAUGGACACUUUUGGAAAUAUUGGAAAUCGUCGUAUUCCGGCUGGUUCUGGUUUUGCCUCUACAUUGAAUCCAAGUAGUAACGCUUUAUCAGUAGAUAGCCCACCACCAAGACGAUCAAAUUCAACUGGUGAUAUUGGUGUCACUCAGGCCAAUCCGUUUCUUAAUUCAGGAGGUCCUAACUUUAGUAGCAGUGGAUAUAACACACUUCCACAAGCUUCAGGUUUUAAUCAACCCGAUACUACUUCAAAUCUUGAUAUAUUCUUUAGUGGCAAUAACAAUAACACAUUCAAUCAAAGAUCGAAUCAG